UAGAUGGCGAUAAUGUAAAUCCAAUAGUCAUAACAAAGUUCAAUGUACACCAUUGAGACCGAAGAAGAGGGACCUAUUGCUGGGGCUGCAGACACGACCUAGAGCUGUAGAUCAGUGGCCUUUUUCCUCUGAAGGGAAAGUUGCACUUAACCUGUCGGGGGACAGGACAGCGACUGGUCCACAUGACAGGUGUUUAUAGAGGAGAGCAGUGCUGAUGUGAUGCUCAAGGAGCGCUGAGUCUCCCUUGGCACCAUGGACUCUCGGUCAGCCCAGACUCCCCCACCACCGGCCUCUUUGACAAAAGGCGGUCACGCCUUGCUUUCUACCGGGCCUCUGAGUGCCAUCCUUGGGCCUCAAGGAAAGCAUUACAUAUGCGGCUCCAUGGCAGCUUUCACCAACAUCAUGGUGACCUUCCCCAUCCAGAAGGUUCUCUUCCGUCAGCAGCUACAUGGCGUGUUGGCGGUGGAGGCGGUACGGCAGCUCCAGAGGGACGGCCUCAGAAAUCUUUACAGGGGGCUGCUCCCCCCGCUGCUCCAGAAGAGCACCACCGUGGCAAUCAUGUUCGGCUUGUACGAGGACUUCUCCCGAGUCCUUCUGGAGCGGGCCGAGGGCAGCGGCCUGCCGGAACUGGUCACGCGAAGCUUUGCCGCUACGCUGGCGGGUACAGCGGAGGCAUUCCUGGCCCCAUUUGAGCGUGUGCAGACGCUCCUUCAGGACCACCGGCACCAUGGACGCUUUAACAACACAGCCCACACUUUCAGGACACUUCUGACGGAGUAUGGCGUCAGGGAGUGCUACCGCGGCCUCGUGCCCAUAGUGCUCCGCAACGGCCCCAGCAACGUACUCUUUUUCGGACUUCGAGGACCCAUAAAGGAACAACUCCCAGAAGCCACAAGCCGCGCGGGUCACCUCGUUAAUGAUUUUGUGUGUGGGGGCGUUCUGGGGGCGGCACUCGGCAUCAUGUUCUACCCAUUAAACGUCAUCAAGUCGCGGGCUCAGUCACGGGUUGGCGGAGCCUUCCAGCCGUGCAGGCAGGUGCUGCUAACGGUGUGGCGGGAGCGAGGCAGGAGCGUUGCCAUGCUCUUUCGGGGGGCUCACCUCAACUACCACCGCUCACUCCUCUCCUGGGGCAUCAUCAACGCCACCUACGAGCUGCUGCUGAAGCUCAUAUGACAGUGUAAGAGAGAAAAUACAUGGCUGAUCCAGUCAGGAGGAGGAGAACGUAUGAACAAAUUGAGACAUGGUGUCACCUAAUGUUUCCAGAGAGAUGAUGUUCCACGUCUGUGGGAUAACAGUCAGUGUGAACUGAACCCCCCCACACCAACAUGAAUUUGCGUAACUGUCACAUUAUUUCAACUGUACACAAGGGUCCAAUGAGGUGCAAAACCUCCAGCCUAGCACCUUUUUUGUUUACAGUAUCAAGCAAAAGUUAUUUGAGGAGGUUUGAGUAUUGUGCGUGCCGUGUGUUUUGUGGAGCAUUAUCUCUGUUGGUUUGUUUGAGAACAAGCACUAAUUUGUUGAAUUCUCCCAAUGAAUUGUCCUUCAUUUAUUUCUUCUGAUGGUUCACUAUCGGCCACAUUCAAAUGUAAUGGGAUAAGCCUCAGAAUUAUGUUAAAGGGGAGUUUGCAAUGUAAAAAUACAAAAAGCCUUUUUUUCAUAUUUGUGAAAACAGGAGUACAUGAUAAAUAUGAUCUGUGGAGAAAAAUCUGCCGUUUGAUUUGUGCAGUGGUUUCUUGUAUAACAAGGAGGCACAAAAUGGGGUCCAGGGACGGCUGAUUGUUUUUCCGCAGGUCAUAUUUAUCAUGUACAACUGUAAAGUUAUAAUGACUGUUUAAAAAAAAAAAUCUGACAUAAUGUUUAAAUUGCCAACUCACCCCAUGAAGUGGCCAUUUUUGUAUGUUUAAUUGGCAUUGAAGGUCAUAGCACCCAUAUACAAGCCCACAAGCAUGAUAAGCAACAUCCUUUACUGAUGCAGUAUUUGUAUUUAUUAUUGGGAAAGUAAUGUGAGCUCAAAAACUACCCUCGUUUUGUUUAUAAUUGUGACUGGCAUUUAUUUUGGGUUCUGCACUCGCUCUCAAAUGUGUCCUUCCUUAUGUCACUCUUGCUCUCCUCCACUUUAACAUCUGUUGACAUAAUGGGCUCGCAUUUCACACUCGAGUAGCCACAGCCAGUCAGCACGCAGCCGCCCCUGACCGCCUGGAGAGGCGUACAGGCGGCGCUGUUUGGGCACACAGCACCAUAAUGGCAGCAGAGGAAAUGUUCAGUGGUACAAAAAGCUCAAGCUGCCAUGUAAAUAGACCACUUGGCCUAUUUCUUAACUGCUUUUCAUUUCCAACAGUCUACAAAGUGUUGCCUUUUAUAAGGUUUGGCUUCUAUGAACAUGAAUGCUUUUCCCUGAAGCACAAGCGGUUCAAGCCAUUCCUUGCAAAUGUUGAAAAUCAAUGCAAAUUUUGCUGUGUAAUUUCUGCGGAAUAUAUUGAGAAACGUUUUCUUUCUUCAUUCCCAUAAAUGACAACAAGGAAGUCAGUCUUUUCCUUUCUCGAGGCAUUCUGUAAUUCCCUAACUUUUUCAGCUCCUCUGCAGGACCGAAAGCCAUUUUACCAUAACAUUGUCAUAUACUGUAAAUAUCAUGAAGACCACAGAAGACAUCAUGUCAUGGAUCAAAAACCCUUUGAUGAGAAAGUUCAACCUGACCCAUUUUGAACCAAAAACCUAACUUUGGGAAUCCAUGUACCAAUUAUUUACCUGACCUGUCCUUGCACAAAAGCGCUUACUCCUAAUGCAUUCUACCUUAGCAUUCAGUGUCAGCAACAACUGAUUAAACAUUGGACGCUUUCUUCUGUGUUUACAAAAAUCA